UUAUUUUUACCUGUGACAGAGAUUUGGCUUACCGAAACAGCAGGGGAUAUGGCGUCGAGAUACGGCAGAGAAUCGAGAUACGACAGAGAAUGCGUGGUUGCGAUUGAUAUUGGUACUACCUAUUCGCAUUAUGCUUUCUCCUUUAGGCACGAAUAUGUGAACAAUCCUCGACAAAUCUACGUGAACCGCCCGUAUGGGAACAUGCACUCUGAAAAAGGCCCGACUUGUGUUUUACUGAAGCCAGAUCAGACUUUCCAUUCAUUUGGCUUCGAGGCCGAAGAUCAGUACACAGAACUGGUCGAGGAUGCUGAACACGAGGACUGGUACUUUUUCAAAAGAUUCAAAACGAGUCUACAGAAAAGUAUGGCACUACGUCAGGACCACAUGAUACCGGAUGUAACCGGCAAAAAGGAACUGCCAGCAAUGGACAUAUUUGCACACGUAAUUAAGUACUUGAAGGACGAUCUAAUGAAUAGAUUGUCGGAUGAAAGGUCAUUUGAAAUCCCUGGAGGUGACAGCAGCAGCAUCCACUGGGUACUCACUGUUCCUGCUAUAUGGAAUGAGAUCGCAAAAGAAAUCAUGAGAAAGGCGGCGCAAAAGGCUGGUAUAAGACAAGACAAUCUGACAGUCGCCCUAGAACCGGAAGCUGCCGCUUUGUUCUGUAGGACAUCAUUGAGGGAAGAACUAGAUAUUGGGACAGAGUAUAUGGUGAUAGAUCUUGGUGGUGAAACUGUCGACGUGACCGUCCAAAGACACGUAAAAGAUCGGGUACUAGAAGAAUUGUUCAAAGCGAGCGGAGGUUCCUUUGGCGGGACCAAUGUUGAUAAAUCCUUCCUUGAACUUCUUGUACAGAUCGUCGGAACGUAUGCCGUGGAUAAAAUAAAACACACAGAGGAUGAGCUAGAACUAUUUCGGUGGUUCGAAAUGAGAAAAAGGACGAUUUCAAAUGAUUGUAACAACUCAGUGAGCCUUAUGAUACCUAAACAGAUGCUCGAUAUAUUUGAGAAGGAAUUCGGCACCUCCUUAAAGGAACACAUUGAACAGACCAACUUUAAGGGAAAGAUUAAGUCGCGAGGUAACAAACUUAUAAUAGACCCGGAUAUUUUCAGAAGUCUCUUCACACCGUCAGCUGAUAGCAUAGUUUGCUAUAUAAAGGAUAUUUUUAAAAAAGAGGCAUGUAGGAACGUCUCAACUUUCCUGAUGGUCGGAGGUUUCUCUGAGUGUGCCCUUAUACAUAACGCCAUCAGGAAGAAUUUUCCCGACAAGCGUGUCAUCAUUCCCGAGGACGCGGGUCUGGCAGUGGUUAAAGGUGCCGUGCUGUUUGGACAACGCCCUCCCGUAAUCAGAGCUCGCGUAUCAAGAUAUACUUAUGGAAUAGCAGUAGCGCGCAAAUUCCAAUCCGGCGAUCCUGCCGAGAACAAAAUCACUGUGAGGGGAGUAGAUUUCUGCAGAGGCGUCUUCAGCAAGCACGUGGAAGUAGGGGAAACAGUUCCGAUCGGAAAGGCAGUUGAAUCCCAAAAGUACUCUCCCCUGUACAAAAACUCGAAUAGUGUCCUGGUGAGAGUAGUCACAUCCCUUGAAAAGAAUCCCCGAUAUACGACCGACCAGUAUUGUAACCAAUUAGGAACGAUAGAAGUACUUUUUUCCCCAGGCGAAAACAUUGUUAUUGAGGUGAAAUUAUUGUUUGGUAAAACGGAGCUAACAGUUGAGGCUUCAGAGGAAAAUGGUAAAUCUAUUACGGCAACGUUUUAUCUGGAGUCCAAAAGUUCCCAAUACGAUCCCAGAGAAGAUGCAGAAAAAGAUCUUGUUUAUCAGUAGUAAUUGUGGCUAAUGUUGCGUUCAUUCUUAUAAGUCAUGCUACAGACAUACAACCUAUUGAAGAUCUACAUUAUGAAUGUACAUUGUAAACACCGGCAUAAGUCUAUUAAAGAUCUACAUUAUAGACAC